AAUGUGAAAGAUACGUUCGUAAUGUUUGGUGCCUUCCUCCUGAGCCACCAAGCUUGGAUCCUGUCACGUACCCUAAGCCGUCUAUUAUUAUCAUGUCAUUUGACGUACUAAUCUUUCUUUUACAGAACCACACCCACUGCCACUCGGCCUCACUGCUCAGACUCAUCGCUUGGAUUUACUUAUAAUCACGUCUCGGAGGUGUAUUCCUUCUGUAUUACAUCCACCACAUCCAGAUACCCUUCAACAGCAGAGUUAUAAAGGAAAAUCUGCUUUAGCAAUGGAUCCCCCUCCUCACAAAGUGCGGGUGUGUGUGAUUGGCGCUGGAAUAGCAGGACUUGGUGCUGCUCAGCGACUUGUUGAGGCAGGUAUACAAGAUUUUGUCUUAUUAGAGGCUGCAGACAGGACUGGAGGGAGAAUUUGUACAAUUAAGCAUGGUGAUGGUCAUUUAGAAGUGGGAGCUCACUGGAUUCAUGGGCAAGAAGAUAAUGUCGUGUUUCAAUGGGGGUCUGAAAAUGGACUCACAUCUGAGGAGUUCACAUGGACUCAGACAGCUCGGGGAAACACGAUGAAGGUGAGACGUGAUGGCAAAAUUGUUUCUGAGGAUGUUUUUGAUGAAUUUUCAAAAACUUUUGAAAAACUUGAAGAGUCUUCAAAAGGUGACUUUGCUGACUAUCCAGGUUCUGUUGGGCGAUAUUUCACUGAGAAAUUUAAGGCAGUAAACAAAUGGGGAGCAUUAGGGGAUGAACUUCUGGACUGGGAGGGUCGGUUUGCUAGUGUCAUCAAUGGUUCACAUAACUGGUUCCAAGUCUCUGCCAAAGGUUUACUCCAGUAUAAAGAAUGUGCUGGUAAUCCAGUUGUUAAUUGGAAGGAGAGAGGCUACUUAAAUCUUACUGACCAUCUCAUGGAAAAGGUUCCUCCUUCCUGCAUAAAAUUAAGUUCUCCUGUGAAAAACAUAGAGUGGGGAGAGGAUGUUUUGCCUUCAGGAGCGGGUUGCAAGAUUACCUUAACAUCUGGUGCUGUCAUUGAAGCUGAUCAUGUUAUCUUCACUCCAUCCAUUGGAGUCUUGAAAGAAGUUGCAAAUGAGAUGUUCACACCUCCUUUGCCUACUAAGAAGAUGAAAGCUAUUGAGGGACUAGACAUUAAUGUGGUAAACAAGAUAUAUAUUGAGUUUCCUCAACGAUGGUGGAGUGAAGAUUGUGAGGGGUUCACUUUCUUGCCGAGUGCUGAGGAGAAACACACUGAAAUAACUGAAGAGAAUUGGGAAUUGAGCCUCCUUGGAUUUUACUCUACAUAUCGGCAUCCUACUAUGAUGUGUGGGUGGAUAACAGGCACAGGUGCCCUGAUGAUGGAACAUGUCCCUGAGGAAGAAGUGGCACAGCGCUGCACAGCUUACCUGAGGAAGAUGUUGCCACCCAAGUACCAGAUUCCUGAUGCUGUCUUUUGCAAGAGAUCAACAUGGGGGACGUAUCAGUGGUCUAGAGGUGCCUACAGCUUCCGCUCAUUGAAGACUCAAACUAUGGGAGUGUGGGCAGCUGAUCUAGCUGAACCUCUUCUUGACUCUAAGAAAAGUACUCCUCUUGUGUGUUUUGCUGGAGAAGCCACUCAUGAUUGCUAUUACUCAACGGUUCAUGGAGCACUGGAGACUGGCUGGAGGGAAGCUGACCGGCUGACCAAAUACUUCAGCAGUGUCCUGAAGCGUGAUGUGCUGGCAAGAAUGAAGGGCCGGGAGAAGUACACUGUGGUCAUCGUGGGGGCAGGAGUGGCUGGGAUUGGGGCAGCACGAGAGUUGAAGGCUCAAGGCAUCAACUCUGUGCUUUUACUUGAAGCAAGUGAUCGCAUUGGAGGGCGGAUACUCACAGUAACAGGGCCGGAGGGAGUCACACUGGAGCUGGGAGCUCAGUGGAUACAUGGUCAAACUGGAAAUAUGUUGUAUCAGUUUGCAAAAUCAAGAAAUCUUCUGCACCAUCAUCUCUCAGUUGAUGGUGAAGGUAUUUAUCUGAUGGAAGGUGGAAAAAAAAUUGAUGAAGGAAUUGUAAAGGAAGUGUUUGAGAUAACACAAGAAGCAGACAGAGAGUGUAGUAAAUUGAUACACAGGAAGAAUAACACAACCUCAACACCACCUUCUGUUGGCCAUGUAUUCAGAAAACUGUUUUUUGACUAUUUGGGAAAAUGUAAUAGUGACUCACCAGAGACAAGAAGAAUCAAGGAAGCACUAUUUUCGUGGGCAUUAAGGUGGUACAGUAUAGACAAUGCCUGUGACUCCCUCCAUCAGAUGUCCUCCAUUUGUUGGGGCUCCUUCAUUUUCUGUGAUGGGGAUGAUAAUAUGAAUCCUAAGAAUGGUUACCUCUCCAUACUGGAGGCUCUCCUAGCAGAGGCUGAUGCUGAUGUAAAACUUAACAGUGAAGUUGAAUGUAUUAAGUAUGCAUCUGAAGUGAUGGCAAGCAGAACUUCUUUCCUGCGGCCUGAUGGUGUGACCUUCCCCAUCAUUAUUCGUUGCAGAGAUGGGAAAGAAUAUGAAGCUCAGCAUGUUAUGGUAACACCUUCCAUAGGAUAUCUGAAGAAGAAUUUGAAUAUAUUUUCACCCCCUCUCCCCACAAGACUUCAAAAUGCCAUCAUGUCCAGAGGCUUUGGUACCUUGGGUAAGAUCUUCCUUGAGUAUGAAGAUGCAUGGUGGUGGGAAGGUUGUGAGGGAAUACAGUUGGUGUGGACAAAAGACAUUGCUGACUCUGAGCACACAACAUCUGCUGCUGAUUCUGUUGAUAGAAAGCAGCAGCAAACAAGUGACUGGUGGGUGAAGGGCAUCUCAGGCUUUGAUCCAGUGUUUAACCACAAAGCUGUGCUUUGUGGCUGGAUAGGAGGGCGUGAGGCAGAGCACAUGGAAACUCUUAGUGAAGCAGAAAUUGGUCAAGCCUGCACCAGAGUGCUUCGGUUAUUCCUGGGCCAACAGGACAUACCAUUUCCCAAGAGAGUUUACAAAUCACAGUGGGCAACCAAUCACCUGUUUGAAGGCUCAUACAGCUACCAUGACAGUAGCUGUAACUGCUGGUCAGGAAAAAAAUAUGAAAGCUACCUUGACACUCCUGUUUUAGCAACUGAUGGUAAUGGAAAUAAGAUUCCAUUGUUGGUGCUGGCUGGGGAGGCUAUCAGUGUUCAGCAGUACUCCACUGUCCAUGGUGCUCUCCAGAGUGGCAUAGAACAGGCAGCUCACUUUGUCACUGCCCAGAAAAGUCUUGGUGCAAACAGAAAACUUUGGAGUAAGAUUUAAGGGUGAGUCAUAGAUUUAUAUGGAUUUGGUAACAUUGAUUAGCAUGUGAAUACAUUGGCUUUGUAUUCUCAUAUAUGACAAUAGAUAUGCUGUAUUCUAUGGAAAUAUGGCAACAUUUAUGAAUUAUGAAAAAAAUUCAAUGCACAAAUUUUAUUCCGUAUUUAAGAAAGAAUGCAUAGUUGAUUUUAUGUAUGUAAUUAUAUAUAUAUAUAUAUAUAUAUAUAUAUAUAUAUAUAUAUAUAUAUAUAUAUAUAUAUAUAUAUAUGUAUUUACCUAGUUGUAUUUACCUAGUUGUAUAAUACAGGGUCCGAGCCAAAGCUCAAUUAGUCCUGUCUCCAUACCCGAAUUUGUCCAAUUUCUCUUUAAACAUGUGCACACUCUUUGCCGCAACUACCUCUUCUUUUAAGUUAUUCCAUAUUUCAACCGUUCAAUGCGGAAAGCUGUAUUUCUUAAUGUAUCCCAAACAAUGACUUCUUUAAUUUCUUCAUAUGUCCCCUUGUACGUCUAUCUCCUUCCUCCACUUUUACAACUAGGUCAUCUCUGUCUAUCUUCUCCAUGCCAUUUACUAAUUUGAACAUUGUUAUCAGGUCUCCUCUUUCCCUUCUUUCUUGCAGUGUUGGUAAUCCAAUUUCUUCCAGUCUUUCCUCGUAACUUAGGUCUUCCAAUUCAGGUAUCAUUUUCGUAGCUGUUCUUUGUAUUCUUUCCAAUUUCCUUAUAUCUUUCUUUUUGUGUGGAGACCAUACCACUGCUGCGUAUUCCAGUUUGGGACGUAUCAUGUGUGUUAUGAUUUUCUUCAUCAUUUCUUUGUCUAGGUAAUUAAAUGCCACCCUGAUAUUUGCUAGCAAAUUAUAUGUAGAGCCAAAUAUUCCAUUGAUGUGUUUUUCUGGUGAAAGCGUGUCUUGAAUUAUUACUCCCAAGUCUUUUUCUUCUUUGCUCUUUGGUAUUGUGAUACCUCCCAUCUUAUACUCCCAUGAAGGUCUCCUUUUACUUCUUCCCAUCUCCAUUACAUGGCACUUCUUUAUAUUGAAUUCUAAUUUCCAUCGUUUACUCCAUUCAUAAAUUCUAUCAAUGUGUGUGUGUGUGUGUGUGUGUGUGUGUGUGUGUGUGUGUGUGUGUGUGUGUGUGUGUGUGUGUGGGCUAAAAAAGUGGCUGUGAUUGACAGAACCCUUGUGAUUUAGACAUAUUGUGUGUUGUGAAUUGUUUUUUUUUGUUUUUUCAUUUUGAUAAUAUGUCUGAGUUUGAAUAGGUAAUUAUUAUUUAGAAUGAAAGAUUAAAAUUUAGAUUUGGUUUUCUCAUAAGAGUUGUUACAGUGGCAUAAUAUAGAUGCUGUCCUACCAUUCAGUACACUGUUGCUGCAGUCACUCUGUAGGUGGUUAUAGUUUUAUAGGAUAGUAAGCAGGACAGUGUAACCCAGCUGUUGUUGGGAGUGAUGAAAUCUGAGGUGUAAGUUUGAUAUAUUUGCAAGUUAAGGGUGCACUUUUGUGUGUGUGUGUGUCUGUGUGUGUAUUUACCUAGUUGUAUUUACCUAGUUGUAAAUUACAGGGCCUGAGCUACGCUUGUGUGGUCCUGUCCUCAUAUCUAUACUUGUCCAGUUUUUCCUAAAAGUUGUGCAUGCUCAUUGCCAAUACUACAUCCUCACUUAGCUUGUUCCAAACUUCUAUAUAUCUCUGUGGGAAUCUGUAUUUCUUUAUGUUCCUCAAGCAUCUUCUUUUUCUUAGUUUUUUGCUGUGCCUUCAUGUGUAAUUGGUAUUUCCUACUUCUCUUAGCACCAGUUUCUCAUUAUCUACUUCUUCCAUUCUAUUCCAUAAUUUAUAAAUUAGUAUUAAAUCUCCCAUUUCUCUUUUUUGUUCCAAUGUUGACAGCUUAAUUUCGUUUAAUCUUGCUUCAAAUGCUAAUUCUUCCAGUUCAGAAACCAUUUUCAUUGCCAUCCAUUGUAUCCUUUCUAGUUUUUUUUCACAUGUUUCUUAUGUGAAGAUCACACUGAUUCAGCAUAUUCCAGCUUUGGUCUAAUCAUAGUGGUAAUUAUCUUUCUCACCAUAUCUUUAUCCAUGUAGUGGAAUGCUUUUCCAUUAUUUCUCACCAUUCUUUAUUUAUUUCUGAAUAUCCUUUUUACAUGCUUCUCCGACUGUUGACUAUCCUGUAUUACCACUUCUAGAUCUUUCUCUUCUUGUACUUUUAUUUCUUCAUAUCCCAUUUUAUAUGUCCAUUUUGGUCUCUUCACUUUUUCCCAUUUCCAUUGCAUGACAUUUUUUCACAUUAAAUUUCAUCUCCCAUUUCUUACUCCAGUUCCAGAUUUUGUUCAGAUUUUGUUCACAGUCUUUGUUGUUUGUAAUAUAUCUGUAAUUUUGCAUUGUCUGCAAACAAGCUCAUGUAACUCUUUACUCCUUCAGGCAUAUCAUUUAUGUAGAUCAGGUAAAGUAUUGGCACCAGCACUGAUCCUUGUGGUACUCCACUAUCUACUUUUCUCCAUUUUGAUUUUGCAUUUUUUCUAUUGAUGACAUUUCUCUUCCCUUUAAGUAACUUUUCAUCCAGGUUUUAAUUUUCCAUUUAAUUCUCCUAUAUUUUCUAACUUCCAUAAUAGCCUGUUGUGGGGAACUUUGUUGGAAGGUUUUUUUUUUUUCUUUAUUUUUUCUUUAUUUAUUUAUUUUUUUUUUUAGAUCUAAAUACACACAGUCUACGCAUCCAUCUCUCUUUUGCAUUAUAUCAGUCACUCUUGAAUAAAAGCUCAUGAAACUGAGAAAGGUUAGGGCACACGGGAUAGAUGGGAAGGUGUUAGGCUGGAUAGGGUCAUGGUUUAGAGACAGGCGACAAAAUGUUGUAAUAAAUGGCUUGAAAUCUGAGUGGGGUCAUGUAAUUAGUGGGGUGCCACAGGGAUCAGUAUUAGGGCCAUUGUUAUUUCUAAUAUAUAUCAAUGACUUAGAUAGUGGAAUUAGUAGUGAUGUUAGUAAAUUUGUGGAUGACACAAAGAUAGGUAGAUUAAUUAGGUCAGAAUCAGAUGCCAUUGCCUUGCAGGCAGAUUUAGAUAGGAUGAAUGAAUGGAUGGACAGAUGGCAAAUGCAAUUUAAUAUCAAUAAAUACAAAGUACUAGAAAGAUUUAGGAGUUAGAAUUAGCUCUGAACUCCAUCUAGGAAAACAAUGCAUAGAGGCCAGAAACAGGGAUUAAUUUUUAGGAGUGUUAAAAGUAGAAGGCCAGAAGUAAUAUUAAAGUUAUACUUGGCGCUGGUCAGACCUCAUCUAGACUACGCUGUGCAGUUGUGGUCCCCACAUUACAGGAAAGAUAUAGGUCUAUUAGAAUCAGUACAGAGGAGAAUGAUUAAAAGGAUACAGGGGAUGAGGAGUAUUCCUUACGAGGCGAGAUUGAAGUUGUUAAAUUUACAUUCUUUAGAGAGACGUAGGUUAAGAGGGGACCUGAUAGAAGUCUUUAAGUGGUAUAAGGGUUAUAACAAGGGGGAUGUAAGCAAGAUUCUUAGGAUCAGCAACCACGGUAGAACAAGAAAUAAUGGGUUCAAGCUUGAAAAAAUUAGGUUCAGGAAGGAGAUAGGAAAAAACUGGCACUCAAAUAUAGUGGUAGAUGAGUGGAACGGACUCAGUAAUCAUGUUGUUAGUGCUAGGACAUUAGAGAGCUUUAAGAGAAGAUUAGACGGGUUUAUGGAUGGGGAUUAUAGAUGGAAAUAGGUAGGUAUAUUUCAUACAGGGAUUGCAACGUGUAAGCCUGGUAGCUUCUUGCAGCUUCCCUUAUUUCUUAUGUUCUUAUGUUCUUAUGAUCACUUCUAUCUAAAACCAUGCGUUUUUUUCUGUUAUUAUAUCAUGUUUUUCAAGGAAUUCUGUUCCCUGCUUCUUUACCACUUUUAUGCAGAUCAUAUAUACUAUGCUAGUCAUUGAUACUGGUCUAUAGUUUUGUGGCUCUUCUUUCUUUCCACUUUUAUAAAUUGGCCCGGCAUCUGCUCCCUUCCAUUCCUUAAGCACUCUUCCAUUUGAUAGAGCACUUAAUUAUGUCAAUUAACUGCUUCCUGCACUCUUUUAAAAUGAUUCUCCAUCUGGUCUUGUUGCUUUUCUCUUUUCCAGUUCCUUCAUCAUUUUAUAAAUUUCUUUAAUUACUAUAAUUUCCCACGUUUGCUUUUUUGUCUUUUUGUCUUGUGGUUGUUUAAAUUCUAAUUCUUCUGUGAAAACUUGUUAGAACUUUUUGUUUAGGAAUUCACUUAUGUCUUUUGGGUCUUCAUAUGUUUCAUUUCCAUCCUUCAACCUUUCUAAUUUUUCUUUUAAUUCAAUUUUUCCAUUAAUGAAUCUAUAGAGCAGCUUUGGUUCAUUCUUGCACUUUGCAGCUAUAUCCUUUUCAUAUCCUUUCUCUUCCUCUCUCCUUACUUUUCACAUAUUAAUUUCUUGCUAUCUUAAAGUCUUCUUUAUUUUUUUGGUUUCGAUUUCUUUUCAUUCUUACCCAUGCUUCGUCUCUUUUUUUUUCUUUGCUUUUUGCACAUCUUGCAUUGAACCACAUCUGUUUUCUUCUUUUUUUUAGGUUUGUAUAAUGGGAUAUAUUUAUUCACUCCAGUCUCAUAUAUUUCCAUUAAAAUGUCAUACUUAUCUUACACAUCAUUUGCUCUUUUCAGUUUUUUCCAAUCUAUUUCUUCAUAAAAUUUCUUAAGAUCAUCUUUAUUAGCUUUUCCAUAGUUUUUCCUGUUUUCUUUGUAUGAUUCAUCCUCUUAACUGACAUCAUUAUUGGUCUCUAUUUCUAUCAUUAGAUGGCCACUUUUUCCCAUGGGGCAUAUGUAUCUUAAUUCUUUAGUUAGGUCCAUUCCAUACAUUAGUAUUAGGUCUAGUCUUGCAGGUUCAUCAUCUCCCCUAUAUUUUGUAUUUUCAAGUCACCCAUUCCAUCUUUAUGUUUUCCAUAGUCAGCUUCAGAAACCUUCCUCCCCAUGCGGUCUCAUUUCCUCCUGCUUCAACUGUUUCCCAGCUUACUUCUUUGCAGUUGGUCACCAACGAAUAAUACUCUUUUAUUACUUUUGAUUAGUUUGCUCAAACACUGAAUGGUAUCUUCUAUUACUUUCUUAUAUUCUUCCUUGUUCUAAGAAUUUGUUUUGGGUGGUACAUUAUUAUUGUUAUUACUGUCAGUAUUUCUCCAUUAUUAUCCUCCAAGUUAACUCUCACUAUUUCUGCCUUUCCUUCCUCAUAUUUCACUAUUUUUAUCCUCAACUCUUUUCUUGUCAUUAUCAUUACAUCUUCACCUCGUGAAGUCGUUGUUAAUGACUAUCUUUUCUUUUAGCUUUGUUUCCAUUAAACACACCACCUUCAGAUUUUUUCUUUUAAAUAGUCUUGUAAUUCCAGUUUUUUGUGUAUCAAUCUGUCUAUGUUGGUAUACCUCACAUCCAGUCCUUCAUUUUUACUAUUUUUCCUUAUUUUAUUUUCAUUUAUUUCUUUACUUUUAUGUACCAUUUCUUCACUCUGUCUCCAAAACUCUCCAAAAAAAUCUUGUUUUUUCUUCAGUUCUUGAAUAUUUUUUUCUCAUUUGCCUCUUCAUACACUUCUUUAAUUUUUUUUUCCUGUUUUUCUUUGUUUCCAUUCUUCUUAAUGUGUAUAUCCUUGUUAUCUUCCAUUUCUCUUAGUUUGGAUGUUCUUUAUAGUAUCUUUUCUGUUGCUUGUUGUGAUUUUAGUUUUAUUUUCAUAGAUCUUGUUUUGCCUUCUAGAUAAGGCCUCAGUCUAACAACUUCUUCCACUUCUUCUGUGAAUUUAGUGUUAUCUUCAUGUGUGUGUGUGUGUGUGUGUGUGUGUGUGUGUGUGUGUGUGUGUGUGUGUGUGUGUGUGUAAGAUGCCUUUUCUCAGGUAACCAUCUUCAUGAAGGAUGUUAGUCAGAUUUACAGAUAAAUAGACAAUUACAAACAAUUAAUGUAAGAAAUGAUAUUUGCAACUCUCAUUUGCUGGAAUACUGGGAAAUAAUAGAAUUUUCUCUUGAAGAAGCUUACACCAGAUUUCCCACAUACAGCUUGAGAGCAAAUGCCACACUUCACACAGAAAAACAUUGCACUACAUUCAACAGGGUAGCAAUAAAAAUUGCUAACCCUUUGAUUGCUAUGUUUUUUUCUUAAGCUUAAUGAGAUGUUGGGGUGCAAGUGAAGAGUGUAAUUUUGAAAGAUGCGCCCAACAGCAACAAGAGUGGUUUAUGUGAGUUACAUUUUCCUCAAUAAAAUUGUUUAGGGCCACUCAGUUAAGAAGUAACACAUGUGUAUUAGCAGUUAAAGGGUCAAGACACUUACAUUUACCAAUAUGUAAAGAUGUGAAUGAUGUAAAACUGAGCAACAUGGGCAUGUGCUCACAGAUGCAACUGGCCUCUGUAAAUUAUGGACUGUUAUUUCAUUAUGAAAUAAGUGGUGUUUUGUCAACUGAUUUUCUGAAUGAGGAUGUUGUCCUCUUACAUUAAGGGUGAGGUGAUGUCCCUUCGCAGAAAGGUGACAGUGUGCCUGCCCAGUUUGGCUUUUGUGUGGGUUGUAUUUUUUUCAGGGGGAUACCAUAUGUUUAAUUUUUAUGUGUGGCCACCUUAUCUGUGAUUGUAACUAAAUAAACUCUCUCUCUCUCUCUCUCUCUCUCUCUCUCUCUCUCUCUCUCUCUCUCUCUCUCUCUCUCUCUCUCUCUCUCUCUCUC